AUGAGAUAAGAGGAAUUUUUGUUUCUAAUUGAAGAAAUUGGAGUUUCAUUACGUCUUUCUUAAAAUGCAAUUGCGUUAAUAAUAGAAUAUUAUUAGCUCUUGACAAAUUCAGAAAGCAAUAGAUUUAAAUCUGAAAUAGUUAUUGGAGCUUGUAUUUUUUUGGUUUCAAAAACUCGUGAAGAAAAUAAAAAAAUAAGAGAUAUAAUAAAUAUGUGCUUUGUUGUAACUAGAUUAUACAGACAUGCAAAUUAGCUAAAAGCUGCAGAAAAAGAAAGGUUAAAAUAGCAAGCUUUAAUGCAAAUGCAAUAAAACUAAGGAAGUGAUAUUGAUACAAUGGAAGAUUAACAAGAUAGUUAGCAAAAUGAAACUGAAUAUAUAAAAUUAAAUUUUUUAUAUGAAAUGGAAAGAAGCUCUAUAGAAGAAUCUUUUGCUCCUACUUUUACUUUGGAAAUAUAUUCUUAGAUAAAAAAUGAAAUAUUACAAUGCGAGCAGCAUCUUCUCCGCCUAAUUAAUUAUAAUCUCUUGACUAAAAAAAUGUCCUUUACAGAAAUAGUUUUGAAUUACUUACAUAUAUUUUAAUUUGAAAAGAAUGUUUCUCAAUAUAUACUAAAUCUAUCUAAUGAUACUCAAUAUGUAGAUCUAUAGAGUUUCUCUGAAAUUGAAAUGGCUAAAAGCUGCAUUUAUUUAGCCUUAGACCUAAUCAAAUAUUAGCAGAUUUAAGAUUUGCAUAUUGAAGAAAAAUUCUAUGAUUUCUAAUGGUGGAAAGAAUUUAUGCUUAUUAGUAAAGAAAGAUUGUUAGAAUUUUCAGAAAUAAUGUUAUAAUAUUAUAACUAAAUCAACUCAUGA